AUGCCGAUCAAAACAUUGGAUACGGUUGUGGUAAAUACAGGUUCUCAGAAUGACCAACACUCCGCCUCGGUGCCACCGGUAUACCUGUCAACUACCUUCAAAGUAGAUCUGAAUAACGAAGCAGCACAGAAUUUUGAUUACUCCAGAUCAGGCAACCCUACUAGAAGUGUCCUUCAGAAUCAGAUAGGUAAGCUUUACCGUGUCCCACAGGAGAACGUUUUGGCUGUAAGUAGCGGUAUGACGGCGCUAGAUAUUAUCUUACGUGGACUUGUUUUGCUCAACGGCACUGACAAUCAUACACCGACAAUAAUAGCUGGUGAUGACCUUUAUGGAGGCACCCAGAGACUACUGAACUUUUUCAAGCACCAGACUCAUGCUGUUACCGCCCACGUUGACACUUCCGAUUUUGAGAAGUUUAAGACGGUUUUUCAAUCCGUAGACAAAGUCGACUGUGUUCUUCUUGAAUCUCCAACAAAUCCACUUUGCAAAGUGGUAGAUAUCCCUAAAAUAUUGCGUUUUGUGAAACGCAUCUCUCCUGAAACCAUAGUCAUCGUUGAUAACACCAUGAUGAGCGGCCUCAAUUGCAAUCCUCUGCAGCUGAAUCCAAGCUGCGAUGUCGUGUAUGAGUCUGCUACCAAGUAUCUUAACGGCCACCAUGACUUAAUGGGGGGUGUUAUUAUCAGUAAGACACCAGAAAUUGCCUCAAAGUUGUAUUUUGUUGUCAAUUCCACCGGGGCUGGACUAUCUCCGAUGGAUUCCUGGCUGCUUGUGAGAGGUCUGAAGACUUUAGGGGUCAGGCUGCACCAACAACAGAGAAAUGCCAUGAUAUUGGCCCAUUGGCUAGAAAAUUCGUGUGGGUUCAAACCUACAGAGACAAACAAAGCUACGAAAACCAGAUUUGUGGGAUUACGCUCCAACCCAGAUUUCAAGCUACAUCAGUCAUUCAAUAGUGGCCCAGGUGCAGUACUAUCCUUCGAAACAGGUUCAUCUGAACAUUCGAAGAGACUGGUCAGCUCAAAAAAACUGAACAUAUGGGCCGUGACAGUAUCUUUUGGAUGUGUAAAUUCGCUUUUGUCCAUGCCUUGCAAGAUGUCACACGCUUCCAUUGAUCCUGAGUUGAGGAAAGAGAGAGACUUUCCCGAGGAUUUGGUUCGUCUUUGUUGUGGUAUUGAGAACAUAGUUGAUUUGAAAAAGGAUUUAUUGGCAGCGAUGGUCGAUGCCGACAUUAUAGAAAUAAGAGAGGAUGGGAAGUACCUUUUCAACAAGUUGAAUAAAAAUUUGGCUAUAAACACCACCAUCGAUGAUCUGCAUAAACCCCUAAGUAUUUAUGAGGAAUUUUAUAAUGAAGAUGUUACUAGAAACGAUCCAGAAUUGAACAUAAAAAAUUCCAGGUUAUAA